AUGAUUCAAAAAGAUAUUGUAAGAAAAGUAGAAGCUGCUAAAUUUUUCAAUGUUCUAGCAGAUGAGACGACCGAUAUUUCUUCUAUCCAACAAUUAUCGAUUUGUGUUGGAUACAUUAAUUACACAGAAUUUAAAAUUUUUGAAAAUUUUUUUUGCUUAGUUUUUCUUACUGCUGCUACUGGAGAAGCAUUAGCCAAUGAGUUAAUAUUAAAGCUCGACAGUUUAGGUUUAAAAGAGGCUGAUAUAAGAGGACAGGGGUACGAUGGGACGACAGCAAUUAGUGGAAAAGUAAGCGGAAUUCAGGCACGGAUAUCGAAUCUAAAUCCAAAGGCAGUGUACGCUCAUGUUGCCCAUUGCUUGAAUUUGGUAAUUACCGAUAGUUGCAAUAUGAAAGAUAUUUGGAACUGUAUGGGAACACUGGAGAAAGUUUGCGUAUUUUUCAACUAUCCCAAAAGACAGCUGGUACUUGAAAAAAUGAUAGGAGAAUUGUGCCCAGAUUCAAAGAAACAAAACCUGAAAGAAAUGUGUCCUACUAGAUGGGUUCAGCGUCAUGACUCUGUGAUAAUAUUUAUCGAAUUAUUUGAUUGUGUGUGUGCUGCAAUAACUGAAGUAUCCUCUUGGGAAGAUAAAGAUGCAUCUACUGAUGCGAAUUGA